AUGUAUUGUAAAUAAUCAAAAUCAUUUUUUGAUGACCCGAAAUCAGAAUAAAAAUUUUGGAAAAAACAAGUUUUAUCCAUUGAUGAGAAAAAAAUUGAAUUCUAAUGUUUACUUUAAAAAAAAAACUAUAAAACAGGAUUUUGGAUGAGCAAAAAUUAUGUGAUAUAUGAAUCUCAACUAAUAAAAAUCAAGGUAUUCAAGAAGUAUUAUAAUAGCCAUAAUCAAAGCAAUGUCACAUUGUUAAUCUCAAUUUGUCUAGAAUAUAAAAGGUGAAAUAUGAGAACAAGCUGGAAAAAGAAAUAUUUAAUAAAGUAUAUGAUUUUAGUAAUUCUUAGGAAAAAUAUGGGUUUAGAGUAAUAAGAAAUAAUCAAUAUAGAGAAUUCUAUAGUAGAUCGAAAGAACUUAAUUUGUAAUUAUGGAAUUAAUUACGAAAAGAAGCAUUUCUAUCUUCAUUUACAGAGUAUUAUGUACUGGAGAAAAUUAUAGGAAAAGGAAAUUUUGCAAAAGUUUAUUAAAGUUUGAACAAAGAAAAUUAAAAAUUAUAUGCAGUCAAAGUUUUUGAAAAAAAUAAAAUGAGAAGUUCAGAAACAGAUAAAUAAGCACUUUUAAAAGAAAUAAGUAUUAUGCGUAAACUAAAUUAUAAUGGAGUGAUAAAAUUACAUGAAGUUUUUGAAGAUGAAAUAAAUAUUUAUUUUGUAUUAGAUUAUUUAGAAGGUGGAGAGCUUUAUCAUCAUAUUAAGAAUAAUGAAAAAUUUCCUGAGAAAUUAGUUGCAAAAAUAAUAGCAACAAUUUUGAAAACAUUAGAUUAUUUAUAAAAAUAGAAUAUUUUACAUAGAGAUCUAAAGCCAGAAAAUAUGAUUUUGAGAAAUAAAGGAAUCUUAGAUGAUAUUGUAAUUACAGAUUUUGGUUUAGCAGAUUAUUAUUCAAUUAAAGGAAAUUAUCUAUUUUCCAGAUGUGGAACUCCUGGAUAUGUAGCACCUGAAGUAUUACAUGAUGAAACUUAUGAUUUUAAAAUUGAUAUUUUUAGUGUUGGAUGUUUAAUGUAUGUUCUAUUGGCAGGUAGGUCACCUUUUAAAGGGUAGAAGUAUGAUGAUAUUGUAAUGAAAAAUUAUCAUUGUUAAGUUGAUUAUAAAUCAAUUGAAAAUUAGAUUUCUAGUGAAGGAUAAUCUUUAUUGAAAUAACUCUUAAAUCCAAAUCCAUAAUAUCGACCUACUUCUCGUUUAGCCUUGAGACAUUAAUGGUUUUAAUCAAAUUUGAAUUAAAAUCGAUUUAAAGAAUUAAAUUAUUCUAUAUAAGAUCCAAAAGAUUUAACAAUAAAAUCUAGUUUAACUAAUAUACCUUUUUAAAAUGUAAAUGAAAUAAAUAAACCAAUAUUAGAAUCAAGAAAAAAUUAGCAAAAUAAACAAGUAAUUAUUAUUUUAAUAAAAUUAAAGGAAAUAAAAAAUUAGCCAACUGCAUAAUAUGAUGAUACCAAUUCUUUAAAGGAAUUAAAUGAUAGUGAAAAUGAUAUUGUUGAUGAUGAAGAUGUAUGUCCAUAAUCACAUUUUUUACCAUAAUAUCAAAUAAUUAGUAAGUUUAAAUUAAUAUUGGAUUCUCAAAAGUCUUUUCAUCUUAAUUCGCCAAAUAUAUAAGUAAAUUUAGUUUCAUUAUUAGAAUAAUACUGGAAAUAAUUCAAUUUAGUUUGUAGAGGAUAACUAAAGGAAAAAUAGUUAAAUAGAAAAUUUGCAAAUAAAUUAAUCUCUAAUUUGA